AGACAACCAGAGCGGAGCCGAUCUUGUCUGAGCUUCUUCUGCUGCAAACGCGCUUUCCUCACUAUAUUCCACCACCAGCAAAAAGACAUCCUCCCCUUUUUUUCCAACAGUGAUUUGUGUCUGGGCAGAAAUCCCUGCUGAAAUCCAGAGAGCUGUUAACAAGAUGCUCCCAAAUCUCCUGCCUGGAUGCUCUGCUGUCCAUCUUGGCUACGACGUUGCGUUCCUCCCGCAAAGCCUGGGGUAGAGCCCGGCGCCUCCUCAGCUCUCCCGGUAUUGUAAUCUAAAGUUUGCAAGUGGUGCUUCUCAAUCCAAGCGAGCCUUAGCUUUUAGCCAUGGGUUGUAGCGUGCCGGUUGUGGCGAGCUGUUGUGCGGGGACGUCAGAGGAAGCUGGGAGGAGAGCAGAGGGCGAUGCGGCGAUGCUCUCGGCGGAGAGCUGUCAGCUGAUCGGCCCAGCUGCCAUCCGCCUCCUGCCUGCUCAGCGAUUUUUCAUAUCCAAGCAUUUAGACACCCUGUGGGGAGCGGAGCCGGGAGCAGCCGCGGCCGUCCUUUGGGAAGGGCUUUGAGCCCGGGGUCUCUGCAAACCCCAUCUCCCUCCUGGGCUGCCGGCGUUACCAGGAGUGUGCUAGACCACAGCCUGCCUGGAGGAAACGGGACUGAACCCUCCCUGCAGCCGCUGCUCCCAGACCUGUCCUGCGCUAAGCCACCCUUCCAAGCAACCAAAAGGCUGUUUGUUCUCUCCAACCAAAGCUCGAUGACACCCAGAAAGAAGUUACGAGGUCUCGUAGCCGCUACAAUCACUCCAAUGACUCCUGACGGCCAAAUUAACCUCCCGGUGAUUGGUCAAUACGUGGAUUAUCUGAUAAGCAAGCAGAAUGUGAAGAAUGUUUUUGUGAACGGCACAACAGGAGAAGGACUGUCCCUUAACAUCCAGGAGAGGAAGCAGUUGGCGGAAGAAUGGGUCUGCCAAGGAAAAGACAAAUUGGACCACGUGAUCGUUCAUGUGGGGGCACUGAGUCUGCCAGAGUCCCAGGAGCUGGCAAGACACGCAGCAGCUAUAGGUGCUAGUGGCAUUGCUGUAAUAGCCCCCUUCUUGUUCAAACCCACCAAUAAAGAUGAGCUGAUUGCUUUCUUACAGAAGGUCGCGUCGGAAGCCCCUGCCGUUCCGUUUUAUUACUAUCACAUUCCUCCUCUGACGGGCGUGAAAAUUCGUGUUGAAGAGUUGCUGGAUGGAAUAAAAGAGCGGAUCCCCACCUUCCAGGGUGUGAAGUUCAGCGACAGGGACCUCUUGGACUUUGCACAGUGUAUACACAAGCACGAGAGGGAACAGCUGGCAUUUCUUUAUGGGGUGGAUGAGCAACUAUUGAGCGCACUGGCAAUAGGGGCACAUGGAGCAGUUGGAAGCACGUACAACUAUUUGGGCCGAAAAACCAAUCUGAUGUUGGAAGCCUUUGCAAAGCCAGACCUUGCGUUAGCUCGGAAGUACCAGUUUCUGACCGGGGACUUUCUCAACUUUGUCAUCAAACUAGGUUUUGGUGUUGCACAGACUAAAGCUGUGAUGACUCUUGUUUCUGGCAUUCCCAUGGGACCUCCACGGCUUCCACUUGUUGAUGCCUCUGAGGAGUUCAUCGUCAAGGCCAAAGCCAAGCUGGACAGCAUUGUGUGGCCUGACAGUGACUGAUGUUCACUUCCAUGUCGACCUCGAUGUGGCAGCUCCUUUUCUGGGAUUCGCCAUCACUUGGCACGUUCCCCGUAUGACGGGCUGAGAUUUCUUUCAGGGAACUGGCAGCGAGCCUGAGCCCUUUCUUGUUAGGGCUGGCCUUGCUGGCACACGUGUAGCCACCUUCUUGUGCACCUUCACUCUGCUCCCUGGGAGCUCUGCACAUCCCAGGACCAGCUGGUAUCUUUUCAUAAGAAAUUAAAAUAGCGAAUUUUCCCCUGUUGAAGGAUCCUGAUUCCUUUUGUCUAGAAAAGAGGAAGAUCCGUCUCCGCCCUCCCUCCAUCUAGAUCAUACUUUGUCCUCUCCCUCCACGAGCAUUUCCAGCAGGACACUGUGAUCUUAGACACUGGUGUCGCACUAUCUGUUUGCUCAGACUGGGAUCUGACUGUCAUGAAGUCAA